AUAUUCAGACUACGAUUGACAAUUUCAAAUACAUCAUUGUCUUCAUUUUAGCAGUCGGUAAAGGUGGCACUGUCUUGUGAUCAUUUUUGUAGAUAUAAAUACCAAAAGGAUGUUUUCUUAAAAAUCGUGUCUAACAAAGAGUGGGACAUUGUUAACUCCUAUUAUAGAGUCAAGGACGUGAUGGUAUGACGGUACUAUAUGCUAGAUCAGCUACUUCGAGCGUCCUUAUUAUGAAUCACUAUCAAGUGAAACACAGACUCCUGCGUUAUCAGGAGUGAGCAACUUGUAUUCAUUACAUAACACGAACAUACAUAUGUACGAAUUUUACGAUAGGCUCGUAUUCCAUAGUCUUUGCUGUUUAAAUCAAAGGGUAAAUAAUGAUUUUGAUAGACUUCACACACGAGCACACCCAGGGGCUGUCCCAGUACAAGCCGAUAUGGUCAACAUGUUAUUAUUAAGCUUUAUAUCAAGACUUAAGAUAUUGUUAUGUACACAUGUAGAUAUUAAGACUGUCUGAUUACAUAAAACGGAAAAAAAUAAUUUUAGUAUUUUAGGUUGGUGAUAAACCGGGUUUCUAUAAGCUCUGGUUUAUAUUUACACAAAUUCAUUUUUUAUUAUACAAUACAUAGCCUUAAGGCUUUAAUAGCUCCGGAGCUGCGGACAGCAGGACUAGGAACGGGAUAGUUUUUAGUCAGUAAGAGUCUGACACUCCCUCUAUAUAUUUUAAAAUUGCAGCGAUCCUAAAUGAACAAUUAAUAAAUCAUGAAUCUAAUUCAUACUACUUAUCGUUUAUAAUCCAGCUUUUGUUUAUGAUAACGUGUCAUCGCCAAAGAUAAAAGCAUGUAGUGUUAUUCUUUUAAUCAUCAGCAACAAACCGCUCAAGGUCAGCCAAUAGAUACACACAGACAUGAGCGCCGCACACUCAGUAAUGCUUCAUUCGCCAUUCCCAUCACAUGUGCGGGGACGAGAAUAGUUCGCGCGUAUAUAGACAAACUGUAGUCUAAUACACACUAGUGUUUUGAUAAAUUACAAUCAUGAUAAUCCUAUUAGUCUGGUUGGUGGUCCUGGUUGCUGUGGUAUUGCUGUACUUUCGCAAGGUGUAUUCCACUUUCGGUCGCCAUGGCGUCAAGCACAUAGAGCCAGUACCGAUCUUCGGCAAUAUGCACACGAUAAUUUUUCGCACGGAACAUAUAAAUGAUGUUUUUACAAGCCUCUACGAUAAAUUUCCUGAGGAAAGGUUCGUUGGCAGAUAUGAAUUCAAUAAGGAGGUGAUAUUUGUUCGUGACCUCGAGCUGAUAAAGAAGAUAUCUGUGAAAGAUUUCGAGCACUUCAUUGACCACCGCUUUAUUUUGGGCAACAGCGAGUCCUACUUCUCCAGGAACUUGUUAUCUUUAAAAGGUCAAGAAUGGAAGGACAUGCGCUCCACACUGAGUCCAGCGUUCACAAGCUCCAAGAUACGCCUGAUGAUACCUUUCAUGGUGGAGGUCGGAGACCAGAUGAUGCGAUCGCUUCAUAAAGCUAUAAAGGAAUCUAAGACUGGUUCCAUAGACUUGGAUUGCAAAGACUUGACGACCCGCUACGCUAACGAUGUGAUCGCCUCCUGUGCCUUUGGUCUGAAGGUGGACUCCCACAAUGAUAAGAAUAACAGUUUCUACGCACUGGGGAAAGAUACCUCUGUAUUGAAUUUCCGGAAGGUGCUCAAUUCUUUCAUACUUUCUGCACUACCAGCCGUUGGUGAGUUCUUUAAGUUGGACAUCAUCUCGGAGUCAUCAAAGAACGCAUUCAAGAGUCUGGUACUAGAAACGAUGGAAAACCGAGAGUUGAAGAAUAUUAUCAGACCCGACAUGAUACACUUGUUAAUGGAAGCCAAGAAAGGUAGGCUGACGCAUGAAGACAUUAAAUCUAAUGAUGAGGCUGCUGGAUUUGCUACUGUUACUGAAUCAGCUGUAGGCAAGAAAACAGUUAACAGAGAAUGGAGUGAUGGGGACCUUGUUGCUCAAGCAGUCCUGUUCUUUGUUGCUGGCUUUGAAACUGUAUCAUCAGGCAUGUCGUUCCUACUCCACGAGCUUGCUUUGAACCCUGACGUCCAAGAGCGGCUGGCGCAGGAGAUCAAGGAAAACGACGCCAAGAACGGCGGCAAGUUCGACUUCAACUCCAUACAGAACAUGGUCUACAUGGAUAUGGUGGUGUCAGAACUCCUUCGAUUUUGGCCACCUUCACUUGCUCUUGACAGAAUUUGCACAAAAGACUACAAUUUGGGUAAACCGAAUGCGAAGGCCGACAACGAUUAUAUUGUCCACAAAGGCACUGGCCUCUGGAUACCAGUUUACGCUAUCCACCGUGAUCCUAAUUACUACCCCAAUCCUAACAAGUUCGACCCUGAGCGGUUCUCAGAAGAGAACAGGCACACCAUCAAUCCACUCGCGUACAUGCCCUUCGGUGUUGGACCUCGGAAUUGCAUUGGGUCAAGAUUUGCACUUUGUGAGAUAAAAGUAAUGACAUACCAGAUUCUCCGAGAAUUGGAAAUCUCUCCUUGCGAGAAGACCUGUAUUCCAUCGAGGUUUUGCAAAAAGAGUUUCCAACCACGGCUGCAUGGAGGACACUGGCUCAGGUUCAGAGCGAGGACUUAUAAAACUUAUGUUAUUUGUUUAACCCGUGAUAUCGCAGAACUAUGCGAGACACAAUGUAUUAUAUCUAUUGUAUCUCAUAUACCGGCAGACCAGAGGUUAUUCUUUAAAAUCCCUCCUCCCACUCUCAGACGUAGUUUCGUGGUCUUACAAGCAACACGUUUGGCAUCAACUCGGUUCCAACAGUAUUUUGACGAUAGAAUCAUGAUCAUCCUCCUAAUUUGGCUGGGGGUCCUCGUCGCCGUGAUAACGCUGUACUUCCGAAGACUGUACUCCUCCUUCAGCCGCCAUGGCAUCAAGCACAUCAGACCAGUCCCGCUCCUCGGCAACAUGGCCAAGGUCGUCUUACGCGCAGAACACACCAGCGAUGAACUCACAAAGGUCUACAACGAGUUCCCUGAGGAAAGGUUCGUCGGAAGGUAUGAAUUCACCAAGGAAUUAAUUGUAGUCCGUGACCUUGAACUGGUCAAGAAGAUAACUGUGAAAGACUUCGAGCAUUUCCUCGACCACCGGCCCUUGUUAGGCAACGGCAAUUCGUACUUCUCCAGGAAUCUAUUUUCUUUAACAGGUCAAGAAUGGAAGGACAUGCGCUCCACACUGAGUCCAGCGUUCACAAGCUCCAAGAUGCGUCUGAUGGUGCCUUUCAUGGUGGAGGUCGGAGACCAGAUGAUGCGGUCGCUUCAUAGAAUUAUAAAGGAAUCUAAGAAUGGCUCCGUGGAUUUGGAUUGCAAAGACCUGACUGCUCGCUACGCCAACGAUGUGAUAGCCUCCUGUGCCUUUGGUCUGAAGGUGGACUCCCACAAUGACAAAAACAACAGCUUCUAUAAACUGGGGAAGGAGACUUCUACUUUAAACUUUGCUAAGAUAAUAAAGUCUUUCCUGUUUGCUAACUUGCCAGAAGUAGCUAAGAUAUUAAAAUUGGAUUUCCUUACGGAGUCAUCAAAGCACGCAUUCAAGAGUCUGGUACUAGAAACGAUGGAAAACCGAGAGUUGAAGAAUAUUAUUAGACACGACAUGAUACACUUGUUAAUACAAGCCAAGAAAGGCAAAUUGACGCAUGAAGAUAUCAAACCCAACGAUCGGGCUGUUGGUUUUGCUACUGUUACCGAAUCAGCUGUGGGGACGAAAAAAGUUAAUAGAGUGUGGACUGAUGAGGAUCUCGUGGCUCAAGCAGUGGUGUUCUUCAUUGCCGGAUUCGAGGCUGUCUCAUCAGGCAUGUCGUUCCUACUCCACGAGCUUGCUAUGAAUCCUGACGUUCAGGAGCGGCUGGCGCAGGAGAUCAAGGAAAAUGACGCCAAGAACGGCGGCAAGUUCGACUUCAACUCCAUACAGAACAUGGUCUACAUGGAUAUGGUGGUGUCAGAGGUCCUCCGACUUUGGCCAACAGCUGGAGCUCUAGACAGAAUUUGCACCAAAGAUUACAAUAUGGGCAAACCGAACCCAAAAGCGGAGAAAGAUUACAUUAUCCGCAAAGGAACUGGCGUCUGGAUACCAGUAUUCACCAUUCACCGCGAUCCUCAUUACUACCCCAAUCCUAACAAGUUCGACCCUGAGCGGUUCUCAGAAGAGAACAGACACACCAUCAAUCCGCUCGCGUACAUGCCCUUCGGUGCUGGACCUCGGAAUUGCAUUGGAUCAAGAUUUGCGCUCUGUGAGAUUAAGGUGAUAACAUACCAGAUCCUCCGAGAAAUGGAAGUGUCCCCUUGUGAGAAGACCUGCAUACCAGCGAAGUUGUCAAGUGAAACCUUUAACUUAAGCCUACGUGGAGGACACUGGCUCAAGUUCAGAGCGAGGACUACACAGAUCAUGAUUAUCCUGCUAGUCUGGCUGGCGGUCCUCGUCGCCGUGAUAACGCUGUACUUCCGAAGACUGUACUCCUCCUUCAGCCGCCAUGGCGUCAAGCACAUCAAGCCAGUCCCGAUCCUCGGCAACAUGUCCAGGGUAGUCUUACGCGCUGAGCAUGUCAGUGACGGACUCACAACGGUCUACAACAAGUUCCCUGAGGAAAGGUUCGUUGGCAGAUAUGAAUUCAUCAAGGAGUUGAUUGUGGUUCGUGACCUGGAGCUGAUUAAAAAGAUGACUGUGAAAGACUUCGAGCACUUCCUCGACCACCGUCCCUUGUUAGGCAACAGCGAGUCCUACUUCUCCAGGAACCUCUUCUCUUUAAGAGGUCAGGAAUGGAAGGACAUGCGCUCCACGCUGAGUCCAGCGUUCACAAGCUCCAAGAUGCGGCUGAUGGUACCUUUCAUGGUGGAGGUCGGAGACCAGAUGAUGCAAUCACUUCAUAAAAUUAUAAAAGAAUCAAAGAGUGGUUCCAUAGAUGUGGAAUGUAAAGACCUGACAACCCGCUACGCCAACGAUGUGAUUGCCUCCUGUGCCUUUGGUCUGAAGGUGGACUCCCACAAUGACAAAAACAACAGCUUCUAUAAACUGGGAAAGGAGACUUCUACAUUUAAUUUUCCUCAGAUUAUCAAGUCCUUCAUGCUCGCUAAUGUACCAGAAAUAGCUAAGCUUUUAAAGUUGGAUUUCCUCUCGGAGUCAUCAAAGAAGGCAUUCAAAUCUCUGGUCUUGGACACAAUGGAAAACCGAGAGUUGAAGAAUAUUAUCAGACCCGACAUGAUACACUUGUUGAUGGAAGCCAAGAAAGGCAAACUGACUCACGAAGAUAUUAAAUCCAAUGAUGUGGCUGCUGGAUUCGCUACUGUAACGGAAUCAGCUGUGGGGAAGAAAGAAAUUAAUAGAGUAUGGACUGAUGAGGACCUCGUGGCUCAAGCAGUGCUCUUCUUCAUUGCUGGAUUUGAAACUGUCUCAUCAGGCAUGUCGUUCCUACUCCACGAGCUUGCCAUGAACCCUGACGUUCAGGAGCGGCUGGCGCAGGAGAUCAAGGAAAAUGACGCCAAGAACGGCGGCAAGUUCGACUUCAACUCCAUACAGAACAUGGUCUACAUGGAUAUGGUGGUGUCAGAGGUCCUUCGACUUUGGCCACCUGCAGUUGCCCUAGACAGAAUUUGCACUAAAGACUACAACAUGGGCAAACCGAACCCAAAAGCGGAGAAAGAUUACAUUAUCCGCAAAGGAACUGGAGUCUGGAUACCAGUAUUCACCAUUCACCGUGAUCCUGAGCACUUCCCCGAUCCUAUGAAGUUCGACCCUGAGCGGUUCUCAGAAGAAAACAGACACACCAUCAAUCCACUCGCGUACAUGCCCUUCGGUGUUGGACCUCGGAAUUGCAUUGGAUCAAGAUUUGCGCUCUGUGAGAUUAAAGUGAUGACAUACCAGAUACUCAGAGAAAUGGAAGUGUCCCCUUGUGAGAAGACCUGCAUACCAGCGAAGUUGUCUAACGAAACUUUCAACCUGAGGCUGCAAGGAGGACACUGGCUCAAGUUCAGACCGAGGACUUUUCAGUGUGAAUACGGCAUAGUAUUGAGUGUGUUGUGUCUAAAGUUGGUUUGUUUACAUACAACCGGUUUGCUGUUUUUGCUAUAUUUUUUAUACAAAAUGUUAAUAUCAUUGCUGUGUGCGGGAGUGGUGGUGGCGCUGCUGGUGCUGUACCUCAGGCAGUUCUACUCAUUCCACAAGGAUGGCAUCAAGUACCACACGCCGGUCCCACUGCUGGGCAACGUGGCCUCAGUAAUGUUCCGUCGAGAACACUACGUGCAUAAUCUGCAGAAUUACUACAACAGUUUUCCUGAAGAAAGGUUCGUCGGCAGAUUUGAAUUCAUCACAAAGCUUAUAUUAGUUCGUGACAUUGAGCUGAUCAAAAAGAUCACCAUCAAAGACUUUGAGCAUUUCACCGACCACCGUGGCUUCGAUGGCGAAUCUUUCUUCAAAAGAACUCUGUUCUUAAUGAGAGGUCAAGAAUGGAAGGACAUGCGCUCCACACUGAGUCCAGCGUUCACCAGCUCUAAAAUCCGGUUGAUGGUACCUUUCAUGAUGGAAGUCGGAGACCAGAUGAUACUUUCACUAAACAAAAAAUUGGAGGAUUCAAAAGAUGAUUACGUAGACGUUGAUUUCAAGGACCUUACAACACGGUACGCUAAUGAUGUGAUAGCAUCUUGUGCCUAUGGUCUAAAGGUGGACUCUCAGGCUGAUCCGGACAACCAGUUUUAUAACAUGGGCAAGAAUUUGUUUGAUUUCAAAGUCAUACGAAUGAUAAUGUUCUUUGUUUUAUUAAAUGCACCUAAAGUAGCUAAAAUACUUAAUUGGGAUAUUGUACCAGCUUCAGUAAGGAAAUUCUUCACGGAAUUGGUGCUUGACACGAUGAAAGACCGGCAACAACGCAAUAUUGUCAGACCCGAUAUGAUACACUUGCUGAUGGAAGCAAAAAAAGGAAAACUAUCACAUGAUGAGAAACCUGAUGAUAGUUCUACUGGAUUCGCCACUGUCGAAGAAUCUUCAAUUGGAUUGAGAAAAGAGGUCAAUCGAGAAUGGACUGACAACGACUUAGUUUCUCAAGCAUUUCUCUUCUUCAUCGCUGGCUUCGAAACUGUUUCGACUGCUAUGUCUUUCAUGAUGUACGAGCUGGCAGUAAACCCUGACGUGCAGGAUCGUCUGGUGCAGGAGAUUAGGGAACAUGACGCUAAGAACGGUGGCAAGUUCGACUUCAACUCUAUCCAGAGCAUGAAGUAUCUGGACAUGGUGGUGUCUGAGGUCUUGCGAAGAUGGCCACCGGCCUUAGUUGCUGAUAGGGAGUGUAUCAAGGAUUACAAUAUGGGCAAACCAAACAAGAACUCCAAAGAAGAUGUCAUUAUUCGUAAAGGUACUGGCCUCAUGAUCCCAAUUCUAGCCAUCCAUCACGACCCUCGAUACUUCCCACAGCCAGAAAAGUUCGACCCUGAGCGUUUCUCCGUAGAAAACCGACACAAGAUUAAUAUGAAUGCCUACAUUCCCUUCGGAAUUGGUCCUAGGAAUUGUUUAGGAUCGAGAUUUGCUCUCUGUGAGAUGAAAGUGAUGACCUACCAGCUCCUACGUCACAUGGAACUGUCUCCAUGUGAGAAGACCUGCAUCCCUGCCAAGCUGGCUGUUGACAACUUGAACAUCAGACUACAUGGAGGACACUGGCUUAGAAUAAGACCUAGAAAAUAAAUGGAUACACUUAGUAUUAUUGUGUACAUAGAUGUUUCUAGCUAUGUUAGAAGAUUAUUAUAUUUGUCAUUAGUUUAUAUUCUCAGCAGAGUCAUAAGUGUAUACAUACUUAGUAUUUAGCAGCAUCUUAAACGUAUAAUAAGGCUACGACUGACUUUGUCACUGUUUAGUCAAAAAUAUCAUACUUACCCAAAUACCGUUCUUAAAUAAACACAUAAAAGGUAUUUUUAAGUUAAUUUAGUAUUUUAUUUUCUUACAUUAAAUAAAAACACGAGUAGAUUUGUA